AUGAAAUCAGAUGAAUUAGUGCAUGAUUUCUUUUCUAGAGUUGUUGUUAUUAUAAAUCAAACAAAAAUAUUUGGUGAAGAUAUUUCUGAAAAAAAAAUUGUUGAAUUUUUUUUAAGAAGUUUGCUUUAUAAAUUUGAUCAUAUUAUUGUUGCCAUUGAAAAAUCUAAGGAUAUGUCUAUUUAUACCCAAAAUGAAUUGGUUGGAACAUUGUUAACACAUGAAGAAUGA